UUUAGUUUUAUUAAUAGUUUUCUUCAUCACAUGGAACCAGGGAAUGAUACACGAAUUUCAGAAUUUCUUCUUCUGGGAUUAUCUAAGGAACCAGAAUUGCAGCCCCUCAUAUUUGGCCUUUUCCUCUCCAUGUACCUGAUCACUGUGCUUGGAAACCUGCUCAUCAUCCUGGCUGUCAGCUCAGACUCCCACCUCCACACCCCCAUGUACUUCUUCCUUUCCAACUUGUCCUUUGUAGACAUCUGUUUCACCUCCACCACCAUCCCAAAGAUGCUGGUGAAUAUACAGACAGACAACAACGUUAUAACCUAUGAAGGCUGCAUCAUCCAGAUGUAUUUUUCCAUGCUGUUCGCAGGGUUGGAUGACUUCCUCCUGAUCGUGAUGGCCUAUGACCGCUUUGUGGCCAUUUGCCACCCCCUGCACUACACAGUCAUCAUGAACCCCCGGCUCUGUGGACUGCUGGUUCUGAUGUCCUGGAUGAUGAGUUCCCUUCAUUCCCUGUUACACAAUUUAAUGGUGCUGUGCCUGACCUUCUGUACAGACUUGGAAAUCCCCCACUUUUUUUGUGAACUCAAUCAAGUGGUCCGAUUCGCCUGUUCUGACACAUUUCCUAAUGAGAUGGCAAUGUAUUUUGCAGCUGGGAUGUUGGGUGGUGGUUCCCUCACCGGGAUUCUUUACUCAUAUUCUAAGAUAGCUUCCACCAUAUGCAGAAUCCCAUCAACUCAGGGAAAGUAUAAAGCAUUUUCCACCUGUACAUCUCACCUCUCAGUUGUCUCCUUAUUUUAUUGUACGGUCCUAGGUGUGUACCUUAGCACUGCUGUUACUCACAGCACGCACUCAAGUGCAGUUGCCUCAGUGAUGUACGUUGUGGUCACACCCAUGCUGAACCCCUUCAUUUACAGUCUGAGGAACAAAGACAUAAAGAGGGCUCUGAAAAGAAUCAUUGGGAUGGUAAUUAUAUAA